AUGGCGCUAACGUUGCUGAGGUCGACCAAGGGCACAUUGGAGGAUAUUUUCCGACCUAACGUUCUCUGUCGUCUUUGGGACUGUUUACUCGGACAAACAACCUCUCAGAGGAGCAUUUCUUAUCGACCUCUAUCCGCCACAAAUAUUGGAUAUGAGUUGAUUCCUCCCUCUGCCAAGUAUGGUGGGCGGCACACAGUGACUCUGAUCCCUGGUGAUGGAAUUGGUCCUGAACUUAUGGUGCAUGUCAAGUCUUUGUUCACACAUGCGUGUGUGCCUGUGGAUUUUGAGGAGGUACAAGUGGACUCCACUUGUAGUCCCGAGGACUUCCACAGUGCCAUCUUGUCCAUCCGUCGGAAUGGUGUGGCACUAAAGGGCAACAUCGCCACAGACCAUAACCUGCCAUCCACUCACUUGUCCCGCAACAGCCUGCUGCGGAAGUGUCUCGACCUCUAUGCCAAUGUCAUCCACUGUAAGAGUCUGCCUAGUGUGCUCACCCGGCACAAGGACAUAGACAUCAUUGCCAUCCGGGAAAACACAGAGGGUGAGUACAGCAACCUGGAGCACGAGGGUGUGCCCGGAGUGGUCGAGACCCUGAAGAUUACGACUAAGAGCAAGUCUCUGCGGAUCGCUGAGUACGCCUUCCAGCUGGCCCACGAGAUGGGGCGCAAGAAAGUGACAGCUAUCCACAAGGCCGAAAUCAUGAAACUGACAGAUGGGCUCUUCCUCCAGUGCUGUGCCGAAGUGGCCUCGCGCUAUCCUCAGAUAGCCUUCGAGACCAUGAACGUGGACUUCACCACCAUGCAGCUGGUCACCCAGCCCCAGAAAUUUGAUGUCAUGUUGAUGCCAAAUCUGUAUGGCAACAUUAUUAACAAUAUCUGCAUAGGGUUGGUUCGGGGGGCAGGCCUUGUGCCUGGAGCCAACUACGGCCACCAGUACGCGGUGUUUGAGACAGGCGCAAGGCAAACGGGCAAAAACAUAGCCGCGAAGAACAUUGCCAACCCGACUGCCAUGCUUCUGGCAAGUUGUAUUAUGCUGGAUUACCUUGAGCUCACCUCCUAUGCCACCUGCAUUCGCAACGCCAUCUUGGCCUCCAUGGGCAACAAAUCAAUCCACACGCCAGAUAUUGGGGGACAUGGUACCACAUCAGAAAUCAUUCAAGACAUCCUGAGCCACAUCUAA